GCCGGUACACCUUGACAAACAAGCUGUGAAGAAUUCUCCAUCAAGCUACUGUCAAAAAAUACUGCAGAGAGCGAUUGAAGCAGAAUUGCAGAUUCUGAACACCCAUUACCAUAUGUGCUAUCAGCACUGCUUGGAGGUUUACAAACUGGCUUUGAAGGAAAACGCGAGUUCUAGCAGUUAUUUUAACAGAUGUACUGGAAAUACUGGCUUACUUUCUUCUGUCUUGUUGGUUUUGGAAGAGCUAAAAGAAAAUUACAGCAGUAUGAGAAUGAAAAUAAAAAUGGGCAUACCUUUAAAUGAACUCCCACCGCUAUCAGUUGAGAUUAGGUUGGCCCCCAUCUCCUCCUCUUAUGUCCCGUGCAAGUUGUUCAGAGGGGAUCUUUGUCAUGAUAUUGUUUCAGGCUCAAGAAGAGCUGACUUUGAAGCACCAAAACUGCAAGAAAGGAAAAGUUCUGUCAGCAUGGACAGUCCACAGGUUGUAUGUUUAAAAGAUGACGAUCAGCCAAGUGACUCUACUUCCUCCAAGGGAUUUGAAGAACAACAUAAAGAUCAGGAUGUGGAAUGUGGCUGUGUGAAAAAUGAAGAAGGGAGUGAAUAUUGGUUUGAUGCUAAAGAGGAGUUGAAAGUAGAAGACUUCUCAGUAGUAUCUGAAGAAAUGAAAAGGCAACAAGAAAAAAAAGACACAACUGAUUUAAGAGCGAAGAUCACGGAGUGUGGAAAUGAGUGUUCUUUUAUUCGUGUUGGUGGCCUAAGUUCCUCAGUGUCAGAGGGUGAUUUAAGAUCACAUUUCCAGAAGUACCAGAUUUCUAACGUUCUUCUCCACGUGGAUUCUGGUAACCACAGAUACGCAUUUCUUUGCUUUAAAGAGACUAAUAAAGCAAAGUUAGCUGCAGAGGAAAUGAACCAGAAAAAAAUAAAAGGAAAAAGAAUAAGUGUUGAACUUGUAAGUGAUUCAUCAGAGAACGAAUCUUUGGUUUCCCAAAUGCUUACAAAUAAGCUUCAGCAUGAAAUCCAACCUGUUGCUAACAGUCAAAGAAAUGAUCAAGAUAAAACAUUCACUUCAGCCUGCAAUUCUGUGGCGAAAGCACCUGAUGUCACCUCUGCUCCUAAGCAAACGCAUCUCAUUCCUGUAACUUCUUCAAAAAGUUCUUGCUCUGCGCAAGUACCUCCAGAACCAAAGUGUCCUGGUCUGAAGUUGUCUACUGAAGCUUUGGUACGUUUUUUGCUUUAAGUUAAUCAAAAGGAUACUGGAGAAAAUGUCCCACAGAAAACUUCUCCUUUCUCUACUCAUUCGUAUGAUGUCUUUAUUCCUCCUGAUAUAUUGAACUUGAGCAGCUUUACCAAAUUAAUGAAGAAACUUCAAGAAAUUCAUCCAGAGGCUAGCAGAGACAAAAUUGUGGAUGCUUUGCUGAAGGUGAGGAGAAAUAAUGAAGGUAUCCUAAGUGGCUUGUCCAUCAACACUAUUGUGGAAAGGACCUCUGUCAUUCUAAGGAAAUCGACCCCUAGUUGUGGGUGGCAAAAGCAAU